AAUUAAUAACAUCUUUUAGCCUUGCACUUUCUUUUUCGUCCAUCAUAUAUAGUUUUGCUUUAACACCAUCUUGUAGCUUUGCAUACUUGAUGAUUUACACAAAAAAAAAAAAAAAAUCGCCUUUGUUAUCUGAUUCAUCAUAACAAAACUUCUUGCUUGUCCUCUCUCUUGAGUUUGUUGGCCGGGAUAGUAGUGAUCAAGAAAUAGAGGGCUGAAGCUUGAAAAUACUUUUUGAGUAUUGAAAAAGGGGAAGAAAAUGUGAGGGGGAGACGCAACUGGAGGAUAAAAAAAGAUGUAGAAUCAAAAAUGGAGUUAGCUGUUAUACAAUAAGAAGUGCCUCAUUACUACUAUUAGUAAUUUGUUUGGUCUCAAGGAUGCAUACAUAUUCUUGAUACAAUAGGUCUCGAAGAUGGCGGACCUACCGUUUAAACCGGUAGAGAAAGUUAUUGACAUAGUAUUGGAGGCGAGUAUUCGGCAAAUUGAUUAUAUAGUCAAUUACAAAGACCAUGAAGAAGAGUUAAAAGAACUCAUUAAGACUCUUGAAAGUAAUAAGAAAACGGUAGAUGAGCAAGUUCAAGUUGCAAAAGACAAUGCCGAAGAAAUCACGCCAGUCGCUCAAGAUUGGCUCAAGAGGGUGGAGAGAAAGAUGGAAGAAAGUAAGGAGUUUCACGAUGACAAAAUGCUGGAAUCCAAGACAAGUUGCUUUAGCGGGGGGUGCUCUUUCUUGUGGAACAGGCGUCAACUUGGCAGAAAAGCAAAGAAGAUAUUGGCACCCACAAUCAAGCAGCUAAAUCAGGAAACACCCGACAUUCUUGCAAAUAUUUCACAUCCACCAGCUGUAACGUUUGCGGAUAGCAAUCCACUUGAUGGUGACUAUCUUGAAUUCGAAUCAAGGAAGGGUAUCAUUGAGAAAAUCCUGGAGCAACUAAAAGAUUCCACGGUGAGAAUGGUUGGACUGCAUGGGCCUAGUGGUGUGGGCAAGACCUCUCUCGUCAAACAAAUUGCAAAGCAGGCUGGCGACAGCAAAUUGUUUGAUAAGGUGGUCAUGGCAAUCGUGACGAAAGAUCCAGACCUUCUAAAGGUCCAGCAAGAUAUCGCUGACGGUUUAAGGUUAACUUUUGGAAAUGAAGGUGAGAAUGGGAGAGCAACACUUUUGAGAAAGAGGCUGAAACAGGAAAAUACCCUUGUGAUCCUGGAUGACCUUUGGGAUGAAUUGGACUUCAAUAAGAUUGGGAUUCUAUUUGAUGAUGACGAUGCCGUUUCAAGCCACGUGACUAGCAAUGAAAGAAAUGAUUCGGGCAGCAAAAAGGAAGGGGAAGAGAAAAUGGCAAUUGAAAAUUCUCCUAGCACCACCAGGCGGGGAUGCAAAAUUUUGGUCACUUCAAGAUAUAAAGAAGUGUUGCGGGGUAAAAUCAAUGUUAAGGAAAAAUUAAUUUUCUCCGUCCCAGAGUUAGAUGUUAAGGAUACUCUGACAUUGUUCAAGAAGGUGGUUGGAAUGUCAAAUGAAAUUCCCAAGUUCAAGCCAGAAACCCUUAAGAAUUAUUGUGCAGGGUUACCAAUGGCAGUCAUUAUAGUCGGAAGGUCGUUAAUGCACAAGAGCGAAUCAGAGUGGGAAGGCGAACUUGAAAGACUCAAAAACCAACAAGGAUCAAAUGAAGUGCAAAAGUACAUGGAGAAUCAUGUGAAGAUGGGUUAUGAUCAUCUAGAAAGCGAGGAGCUCAAGUCCAUUUUCCUAGUGUGUGCUCAAAUGUAUCAUCAGUCAUUAAUUGUUGAGUUGGUGAAGUACUGUUAUGGUUUGGGCAUACUUAAUGAUGUCCAUACACUGAGGGGCGCCCGUCAGAGCAUAUCCCAGUCAAUCCAGAUGCUAAAAGAUUCAGGCUUGUUGGAUAGUACUUCCAACGAUCAUUUCAGUAUGCAUGAUAUAGUUCGAGAUGCUGCUCUAUCUAUAGCGUGCAAGAAUCAGAAUGUAUUUACCCUGAGAAACAAAACACUGGAUGUCUGGCCUCACAAGGAACAACUUGAGAGGUACUCUGCAAUUUAUCUACACAAGUGCCAUAUUGUGGAUGGGCUCCCAGAACGUGUUAACUGUCCUCAUCAAUCUUUAUCAUCUCCCUUAUAAUGUUUGGUCAAAAUUUUGCCUCUUCAAACCAAACUCGAGCUCCCUCGAAUAACUUUAAAGUAUUCUCAAAGUUUUUUCUAUUUGGAGCAUGUUUUCUUUGAAAGCAUCGAAUUCUCUCAACAUACGAGCCUUGAGUGUCUCCUUGUCAUGUUCUAUUCUUUGGAAGUGCACAUCCAUAAAAGAUAGAAUUCUCGUAACAAAAAAAUUCUCUUUUCUAAGAAGAUAGAAUCCUUACCUCUAGGAUCACUUGAAGAAUGAACCUUUUUAUUUAUCCAUUGAGAAGGAAUAACAUUUGUUUUUCUUUGAGUUUCAACAUGCUCUAUGGUCACACAAAAAUCCAUAUCCACGAACUACUUGUGCUUCCCCUCGAACCUUACUCUGAUGCCAAAUUGUUACGAGUUUAGACACACUCUAACACAAGCGUGUCGGCACUUAGACUCAUUCAAUCUCUUGAGCUAACCCUCAAUAUUUAGCAAGAAAGCUAAGAAUAUAAGAGAAUACAAGAGGAAAAAAAUUCUAAUGAAAAGAACACUUUUUACUAACACAAGUGCUUGUCACAAAUGGCCUA